GUGGGGGAUGGAGGGGGUGCUGGGCCUCCCCACCCCGCCGGGGUGGUGCUGGGGGGCGGAGGGGGUCCCUCCCCAGUGCCGCCGCGCGCCUCUCCGCUGUCCGACCGAGCGGCCGCGUGGCACCGCCUGUCGCGCCGCUACAACGCCAUUCUGGCGGGCAGGGCGGCCAGCCGCGACCCCUGGCAGCUGCGGGCCCUCUGGAAGAGACUCAAGCUCAAGGCCAGGAAGGACCUGGUGCUCUUCCACAAACACGGCUCGACGGGCGACCCCUCCACCUCCUCCUCAUCCCUCUCGUCCCCCGCGGAUGCCACACACCUCGUCGGGGUGACCAACCUCUCUUCCUCGUCGGCGUCGCCGCCCUCGUCGUUCGAGCCGGACCCCACGUCGCUGCGCGUGUGGGAGAUGGCUCCCCAGUGCUUCUCUGACCUUGCCGUCUUGGGGGGCGGGGCCUCUGAAGGGGGUGGGGCCCCGUGCAUUGUGGGCGGUGGCCUCGGAGGAUCUGGAGGAGCUGGGGGAGGGUGGUACCAACAGGAGGUGGGGUCGGUCCUGCUCAGACCCAAAGCGGAACCAGAGGACGACCUGGGAUACGAACGGGCCAUGUCCGGGGUUAUUGGGUCGGCAGAGGUGUCCUCGGUCCUUUCCGAGCUGCCCGUCAUCAGCUCCGUGAUGUCGGUGGGCGGAGGGAGAUCCAUCGAGUCGUCUGUUGUUGGGGAAUCAUCUGUUGGGGAGUCCGUGGAUCUAAAAGGAUCGCACGGGGGAGCCGGGCUCUCAACGGACGCCCUCUCCUCCCCUUGCCGCCGCCUCCUCGACAACGACGACGGCGGCAAGGAGGCGACCUCCCGCGGCGUCGCCAUGGAGACAUCGCCGCCGUCGGACCACCCACGCAUCGGCAAGCGCGAGGAGGAGGAGGAGGAGGAGGACGACGAGGUGGAGGAGCUGCAGCAGCAGCAGCAGGAGGAGGAGGUGGAGGGACGGCGAGAGAGGUUCUCUCCCUACGAAGGGGACGGCAAAAUGGCGUCGGAGGGAGGGAGACCCGAAACGUCGGACGCCGCCGCCAACGUCUCUCGCGGCAGGCCGGAGGCUUUGGGCUCGCCUAACGGCAACGGCGGCAACGGCGGCAACGGCGGCAACGCCGGUCGUGGUGACGGAGACGACACCGGUGGUGGCGGCGGUGGCGAUGGCAACGACGUGAUGGUGGUGGACUCCUCUCCUAGCGCGUCUGCUGCCUCCACCCUCCUCUCCCUGGCCGUGGCUCACCCCCACCCCCCCCUGCCCCCCCUCACCGCCACCCCCGCGUCUGCAAGGACGUCCGGGCAGAAUGGCACCGGCGGUGGCACCGGCGGCAGAGGCGGCAGCGGCAGGAAUCCGACCCUCUCGCAAUCCGUGCCGCCUCUGACGCCAAACAACGCUCUGCCGCAGAGGCGGGGGAUGUCCGGAUUUCGAGAUGGCCACCUGCGGAACGUCGCUCCCUUCAACCAUCACCAUCAGAACCAGCAGCAGCAUCAUCAGCACAGGCAGCAGCCGCAGCCGCGCAACGAUAAGAUAAUCGCGGCGAUCAUGUCGAGGGUCCGCGCUCAGAGACACCGGGACCACCCGGGCCUGGCGUUCUCUCGCGACUCCCGGCGGUUUGCGGCAAACUUUUCGGCUUCUCCAUCCUCCUCCUCGUCCGCCGGCACCGCCGCGAGCGCCCAGCUGUCGGUAGCACCUUUGGCUUCGGUCGGAUCGGCGUCGUCGGCGGUAGCGGGAGGAGGACCACCCGGGGCUCCCGCGCCGGACGGAGAGACGCCGUCGUUCUCCGGCGUCGCCGCUCCGCCGCCGCCGUCGUCGUCGUCGGCCGCGCAGAGGCACGCGGCGGCCGCGACGCUGGAGUUUGCGCGCCGGGAGCACGUGGCCAGGAUGGAGAACCUGCGGCUGGAGCGCGAGAUCCUUGAGAUGAAGCGCGACGUGUGGAGGCUGCGCCGGCAGAGCCUGCAGGCCGGAGUCGAGGUCUACCCACUGGAGGGGGACGACUGCGACGGGCUGUGACGCCGGCGGGGGUGGGUGGUGUGACGGGGAUGAUGAUGGUGACGAUGGUGACGACGGUCUGAGUUAGUCGGUCCGAGUCGGUCCGCCCGAGGCAGUCGGCGUCGGUCCGCCCGAGUCAGUCUGAGUCGGUCUGCCCGAGGCAGUCUGAGUCGGUCCGCCUGAGGCAGUCCGCCCAGAAGCUCAAACGGACGCAGUCAGGUCGGCGGUUCGCUUUUGGCGUUGGGCACGGUGGCGGUGGGGUAAAGUCCUGGUUAGUCCCCAUUACCCUCCCUACUACCUCCCCCCACCUCCAUUGUCAGGAAGGGCGCCUCGACAAAGACCCUGGACGCCCGCCUGAGCCCCCACGCCCUCCCCCCCACGCCCCCCCCCCACCCCUUCUGAAGCGGCACUCCGCCAGCGUUUGUGAGCCGGAGGAACUUUUCGCCGGCAGCGGCGCCAACGAGCCGGGCGGCUGCUGGGAGGCAGCGGUCGUAGCCGCACCUUCGUGCCGCCGCCCGUCGUGUUUGAACGCCGGAUUUUAAGGGGCCCGCGGCGUCCGCCGGCGUGAAAUUUUUAUUUAUUUCGUUUGCAAGGAAGGAAGCCCCGAGGCAAAAAAA